AUGCCAUCUUCUAAUGCCGCAAACAUUAUUGGGACUAUUUUUUCGUUCGUCUCAUUAGUGUGUCUCUUUCUGGUGAACUUAAGUGCACCAAAUAUCCAGUCCAUUUAUAUCAUGAAGUUCCAAUACAUUCCGCAAUGGGCAUACGGAGAUUUGAAAAUCGUGUCUGGAUUAUACGGUUAUUGUGAGGAAGCGUACAAUUUAUUGAGCGAGUGCGCAAAUAAUGGUAUUGGUAGCGGGUUUCAAACUGAUCCAGCCGGUGAUGUGAAAUUUUUGCUUGCUAUGCAUCCUAUCGGUUUAAUAAUAUCAUUCAUAUCAACUGUUGUUGGCUUAUAUGCUUGUCGUCAUUAUAGUCGAAGCAGUCAAAAAGAGAUCUUGACGGCUUUAGCAGGGCCCGAAACGAAGCGAGCCAUUUUUUAA